GCCAUCCUGAGGCACCGAUUCCUUCAUACGUACAUUGCGUCACCCGCCUCUGCCUAAUAAUAAUUGGAGAUUUAAUAUAAUACAAACAUCCAACAGAAACACUCACCACCACAUACCAAGGUCCCCUUCAUACUCAUCAAACCACGCAGUAUCCAUAAACCACUAUCAUCAACAAAAAAAACCAUGUCCACCACACUCCCCACCGGCGCCAAAAUCAUCAACGGAGUUAAGACCUUCAUUCCCCUAGAAAACAACCCCACAGUCCACACCCACCUAGCCACCGCCCUCUCCAUCCAAACCCUUGCCUUCCACGACAUCUUCACCCUCGACCCUCCCCCCACGGACGUGCCCCGUCCAAUCAACGCCCUAAUCUUCCUCGCCGCAGCGCCCAUCUACGCCCGCGCCCGCUCAGCCCUCCAAUCCACCCUCCCCAAAUACACCACCCCCAAGGAAACCGACCCAAUCUGGAUCCCCCAAACCAUCGGCCACGCCUGCGGCCUCAUGGCCUUCCUGCACUGCGUGCUGAAUCUCGACGCUGGGGCGCACCUGGCCCGCGGGUCUGAGUUGGAGAAACUACGGCAGGAACUGGUCUCCCUGGCGCCAGAGGAUCGCGCGCGGGUGGUGUAUGAGGCCUUGUUUCUGGAGGAGGCGCAUAUGGAUGCGGCGCGCGGGGGCAGUUCGAGCGUGCCGGGGCCUGAGGAGCAUAACGGGUUUCAUUUUUUGGGGUUUGUGAAAGGCAAGGAGGGGAGGGUUUGGGAGUUGAAUGGGGGGAUGCCAGGUCCCUUGGAGAGGGGGGUUCUUGGGGAUGGGGAGGAUUUGGUUUCGGAGGCUGGGUUGAGGCUGACGGUUGGGGAUUUUCUGGAGGCUGCGAGGGAGGUGGAGGGCGGUGGGUAUGGAGGUUUGGGGGUUUCUUUGGUUGGGUUGGUUGGGGUGUAGUAUGUUGAUGGAUUCUAGAUGGAUGGUGAUACUCUAUGGGGAUGGGAUAUGGCGUAGGCUAGUUGUUUAUCAGAAAAUACGAUAAGAAUAUU